GGGCGCGGCGGUGCGGGGCACCGGGGGUCCCCGCGGGCCGGGUGGAGGCGGUUCUGGGAAAGAUGACCACUCUCACACGGCAGGACCUUAACUUUGGGCAAGUUGUUGCAGAUGUUCUUUCAGAAUUUCUGGAAGUGGCUGUUCACCUUAUCUUGUAUGUCAGAGAAGUUUACCCUAUUGGGAUCUUUCAGAAGAGGAAAAAAUACAAUGUACCUGUCCAGAUGUCCUGCCACCCAGAGCUGAAUCAGUACAUCCAGGACACGCUGCACUGUGUAAAGCCACUGCUUGAGAAGAAUGAUGUGGAGAAAGUUGUAGUAGUAAUCCUGGAUAAAGAGCACCACCCUGUGGAGAGAUUUGUCUUUGAGAUCACCCAGCCACCUCUUCUUUCCAUUAGUUCAGAGUCCCUGCUGUCCCACGUGGAGCAGUUACUGCGUGCCUUCAUCCUGAAGAUCAGUGUGUGCGAUGCUGUGCUUGACAACAAUCCCCCAGGUUGCACCUUCACAGUUCUGGUUCACACACGGGAGGCUGCCACACGGAACAUGGAAAAGAUCCAAGUGAUAAAGGAUUUCCCAUGGAUCCUCGCUGAUGAACAAGAUGUGCACAUGCAUGACCCCCGGCUUAUUCCACUGAAAACUAUGACAUCUGAUAUCUUAAAGAUGCAGCUAUAUGUAGAAGAGCGAGCUCACAAAGGCACCUGAUUUCAAAUCAUCUUUGCCUUCAAGCCUCAUGUGAUAUUCCAGUGGAAUAAGAUAUCUCACAAACCAUACCUUGAUAACCAUCUCUUCAGCUGGCCUUCUGGGUGAAUGUAGAGCAGCUGCUGCCUCUUUAUUUCAAGUGCUCUUACCACUGUAUAUAGAACUGACUUGGAAUGUGGAGCCAGAGCCUGUUCCCAUAUACGCUCAUGUGUGAGAGUGAGUAUAGGUUUUGUUACAGUGAAUCCCUGGGGGCAGGAUAUAGGCAACUGCAGUAUGCAGUCAGUGCUUUGUACAAAUCCAGUUCUCACCUUAAUAGGGCAUCUCCAUUGCACACUGGUAGUGAUAUACAGUAAUCUGUUAUAUGCUCCACUAGAGCAAUGGACUCAUACUAAGGGUAAGGCCUUACAUAGCGUCUGUCCACUGUGACUGUCCCAAGUAGUCUUCAAUAAAUAUUAAGUUUUACCCCUCUUGAACUAGGCUGAGUUCUGUCCAAACCAGCCUCGCCCCUUAAGUGAGGAACUAUUUUUAUUUUGUAUGGAGCUUCCACCACUUUUCCGUACCUUUUCUGGAACAUGUGGAAUCUGUCAGUUCCUAUGAGAGACUAUACAACCUUGGUCUCUUCCCCUUUCCAUGGAGAGCUUUCACCCACAAGUGGCAUUAGCAAGGUGGAAUUUGUCUGUCCAGCAAGCACACUUGCCAAAUAUCCUACUCCUAACAGAGAACAGACAAGGGAAACACCACUAAUCCUACACCUAUCAAAGGAGAUGGAAGACGGCCUUAGUAUUGGCUCUAUGCAUACAGGGGUAGAAGACGUGGUUCAUAGUAUUUAAGCUGAGCUUGUUGGUCAGACAAUUUGGUAAGACAGCCAGUGUAGUACCUCCCUGCUUCCUCCAAGUAAAAAGUGCAAGAAUACUAUAGAUUGAGGUUGUGCACUGCUUUAACAUUUUAUAUAGGGUUAGACUGUUCAGUACAAACCAAGUACUUGGGUAGUACAAAGGUAGUAUGGAAAAACCCCAGCACAAUCAAAAGGCACUUAUGUUGUAAGGUAGCCACCUUAAGGGAUUUCUUACCUCCUCUUUCUCUAGCUGUUUACUCAAGCAACGAAGGGCUGUAUUUGGACAGGGAAGGCAUGUACCAUUUUGAUCAUACACACUUACAGGAACAGUAAGGAAUUGACUACCAGUGACACUGCAUUUAUGAAAAAGGGUUGACAGUUUCCUUAUGCUAUGAAAGGUCUGAUGUGAAAGAUACAUGUUUUUAUACAUAAACUGAAACAGGAAAAUACCAUACAAAACAAGUCUCUGUAGCAGAGCCCUUGAGGACAGCAUUGAUAAUCUGAAAUAAAACAUUUUAGCCUUAUCUUUUGUAAGUUCCAUAAACAAACAAGAAAAGGUUUCUAUUUAAGACAGUGUUUGGCUGUAGCACAAGGACAUAUUAACUAGAAAAAGACAGAUGUGAUAUUUAAUUGUCUUAGUCUUCCUCCAAAGGGCUGAGCCUGCAGAAGUUCUGCUGUGAAGAAGGAGAACUAGCUGCUUGUAUUUGAGAUCAGCUGUGCAAGACAAAGCCAGGACGCUCACCCAGAGAGUCCAGACAAAUAAGUGCACCUGAGACCACCUGGUUACAGUCCUGAGGUAAAAGCAAACACUUAUAUUGUGCCUUCAUAACAAUGUCAGGGGCCCAAUGGUGAUGCUGCUGUUUGUCACUCGGAUCCCAUACCAUCCUGCCCAGAACUGGGUGUCUUGGCCUCCAUGCUGAAACCAGAUAUAACGAACUCCAGCUGGGUAAUUCUGGAAGGUGUGAGAAAUCUAGAGAGAAAGAAGAAAAUUCCUCUUAAUUUGCCUAAAUAAACCAGCACUGACUUAGAAGCUUGGACAACUACAGUAUGCGAGUCUUGGUCUCAGGAAAAGCUCAUUCUAAAAUAUCUUUCAUUGAAAGUGCAUCAUAGCCCUUUUUGAGGGACAGGAAAACCCUCUCAUUCAGCCAUCUGCCCUGAAAUCCUCUCCAAGUCAAACGUAACAUUAAGCUUGAUUCUUAGGUACAUUUGUCAUGUAAGCAACAACAUAAUGGGGAAUCUGCAGCCAAUCACACCAGUUAAAAACGUUUAGCAGUUUAAGAAAAGUAAUGUCUGCAAUAAUUUAAAUGACAUCCAUGCAGUAGUUUUAAAACAAAGCUUUUUGAUCCAAUAAAACCAAGAACUGUG